AUGGAAUAUUUUAAAGUAUUCAUAACUUUCUGUAUCGUUCAAAAAGCAUUUAUGGUUGUGGGAACACAAACUGUCGAAGAUUUUUUAAGCGACUUAAAAAAUACCGAACGGCAGUCGGAGAAAAAGUUCGAGCAUCUGUCAAAAGAAAAUGAACACGAAUAUAACACGAAAGUUUCCGAAUCUCAAGCUAAAUUUUUGUUUAAAUUUAUCGAUAAAGAUAAAAAUGGUUUACUUGAUCGUAAAGAAUUAAUUCUGUUCGGUAAAUUAACCAUUAGUAAUGACACAGAGAGCGCGGAAAUUUGGGCAGACAUGUCCUUGAUGGAAGACAAAAGCGGCGACAAGAGGUUAACGUUUAAAGAAUUUUAUCAACCAAUUUUGCAAUAUGGCGGCACUCGAGAUAAAAAGAAGAAAGAUCCUCGACAUCAACAUAAAGAUGGUCACAUGCACAAAAAUGAUCCAAUCAAGGAGGAGCUUUGA